UUUAACUUUCAGUUCACGAUCUUCCCUGAUGAAGAUCGUUUCGGUUCGCAUGAAAUGUGUGUUGGAUUUUUCUUUUUAUAUGUAGGAAUGUGAAUUCGUUGUAUUUUUUACGUAAUAAAUCGAAUUAUUUUCAAACAAAUUUUGUGUUGAUUUGUGAAAAUUCAUUGGAUACGAUUGAGUGUGUACUUGAAAAGUUUCUUCAAUUUUAUUUAGUCGGAAUAUUGAAAAGAUAAAACGAUUCUAAUAUCAAUUAAGUAUGCAUAAAAUAACCGAAAUGAAUACAUCAUCACGCAUGGAUAUCAGUUUUGAAAAUGUGGAUUAAUAAUAAAUUGAAUAUCAAUGGUGUAACGUGUCCAUCAACGUCACAUUGCGGAAGGUAUUGACAAGGUCUGGAGGAAUGAAAUAUCACCCAUUUCGAGUGUUGAAGAGAAAAUAAAAAUCGAAAAAGUUAUAUUUUCGCGUAUAUGUGUUUUUAGUGUUUAUUCCCGUGAGUUAUCAACUGCAUUGCCGCUGUUGUCAUACAAGAUAAAAUAUAAUAAAAAUAAAUGUAUAGCUACGUCCAGGAUAUAAAAUGCAUUCUGAACAAAUAAAAAGUUAUCUUUGAGUCUUUAUAUAAUAAAGUGAGUGCCAAGAAUUUAUUUCGUAUAAAACUGAAUCGAAAAUAUAUGACUAUAAUAUGCUGUUUGUGAUUUACGAAGCGUGUGUUACUUGAGCUCUCUUUUUUUCGUAUUAAAAAUUACAAUUUUUUUUUCUUUAUUUAUUUUAUGAUAGUGUGUUGUAAUUAUUUGAUUUUUCAAAGCAAGUGAUGCAUCAUUUCGGAUAAUGACUUUAUUUAGUUUGGAUAAAAGGAUUUUAUAUUUAUCUUGAAACAAUGUUUUCAAGAGUACCAAAUCCUGAUCCAGAUCCGCAACAAGAAGUCUCCUCACCGUUCGAUGGCGACCAAUUCACAUUCGAAGAUGAUUCCGAUUGGUGGUCGAAUGCCAUCGAAGAGGACUUUUUCGAUUCGCCGAUGCCAUUUGAUGCUAGUGAAUUCGGUCUGUGGAAUGGACGAUUUCCGCCACCGCCACCCCGACCACCAUUUUUAGACGAUGACAUCGCUUCCGAUGGAUUAACGACUUGUGAUUUGUGUACAUGGGCAUGGCAGGAUCGAAACGCUUUUUCUUUGGAUGGAUCGAUUGGAGAAGCAGCAGCUGAAUUAGGAUGGGCCUUUACAUUAAUUAUUGUAUCGAUUAUAUCAGCACUGUUAGGAGCGAUCAUAAUGGUUGUAGUUCUAAGAUGUAAAAGAUUAAAGACAGCAAAUAAUGCAGCUGGUGCACGUCAGUUACCGUGGUGGAGUAGAGGAAAUCGUAAUAAUGCAGCCUCGGCACGAGUAAAUAUCCCCAUAAAACAAUCAACUGAUAGCAUACGCGGACAGCACACGAAUUCCGGUGUCUGGACAUGGUUGAGCAAUCGUCGUGCAUCAGCCAGUCCAGAUCAAAUGGGAGCAUCAUCAUCACCAGCAGAAAAUCACUACACCCACAUGGACGAUUCGUACAGUCCGGUCGGCGUUGCUGACGAGGCAUUGUAUGCUGAACUGGACCGAGAAUCGAUACGAUCGGGUAAUCCAUCAUAUCAGAAUACAGCGUAUAGUCAAUGUGGUGAAAUUGAUCAAGAGGUACCGAUGGUACUGUCUUCAGCACCGAGUAGUGCAUAUUAUUCGGAUCUAUCAAUGACCGGUCAAACGGAACGAUAUGAAGUUGUGGGAUUAACGCAUUUAUCAUCGCCGUUGCCCAAUUGGGAAACGAACGAUAGUGGUUCGAACGGACGACGACCACCAAGAUUAGCUGCAAUUAAUGAAAGCUCAACAGUGCCGUCUGAUUAUGUGUAAAUAAUUAUGUGUUUUAAUAUUAUUAAUUAAGCAUAAAAUGAGCUUACGAAAUUGUGAUACAAAUUUUAAUUUUAUUGAAAGGAAAGGAUUUUUUUUAUAAAAGAAAACGCACGAUAAAUUUAUAAAAUUUUAACAUCGUGAAAAUGAAGGCGAAUAAGCUGGGAUUUAUGCAUAAAAAAAAGUAUUUUGUGAGUCAAGUGUUACAAUUUUUUAACCACUCAAGGCAUUUUAUUUUCCAACAGUAUCUACAGCUUCGAUCGGAGAAAAAAAAACAUUUUACUUCCAAAUGCAUAUACUUAAGAAGUUAAGCAAGAAGAAAAGCAAGAAUUAUCAUAUAUAGCAAAAAAUUUUCGUAUAUGUUUUCUGUACUUAAAAUGGUAUAUAUCUUAUCUGUGGAAAUAAAAACAAAUAUUUAUUUAAAUCUACUGUAUUCCCAGAACACAGAAUAUAUUGCUUACGAAGAAGACAGAAGACAUAUUGUACAGUUAAAUAAAAGAAGACAAUUAGCAUAAAACUAGAAAUUAUCAAUUUCGUUUAAUUUUUUCUUAUUCAAAUUAAGUCAACAACAAUAACAAAAAAUUGUUUUGUAAUUUUUAUUUUGUAUUUAGAAAGUAUAAAAUAUACACACACACACACAUUCCACAAUAUAAAAUUCAUGAAA